GUUCCGCGGUUUGUUGUGACAAUUUCAGUCAGUCGGUUUCUGGAGUUUCGUAGAAAAGAGACGGACAACGGCGAGCGACAUGCUGGUUGAGGUAGUUUUAACGGCUGUGUUGGCCGUUCUUCUGUGGGCCGCCUUCUUCAGGAGGCCGGAGGGACUGCCGCCAGGCCGCUGGGGUCUGCCCGUGUUUGGCUACAUUCCCCUGACCAGAAAGUCAAUGGAAGAGCAGAUUCUCGAUCUUCAUAAAAAGCAUGGCGACAUCGUUAUAUGGCGGAUGGGGAAUCAGCUGAUGGUCUUCAUCUCGGAUUACCAGCUGGGGAAGGAGGCGCUGGCGAGGGCUGACUUUGCCAACCGACCGGACUGGGAGAUGUUCAAAUUCCUAGAAGAUUUUCCUCUUGGUGUUGGCGCAAGCAACGGUGCCCACUGGCAUGCUAACCGCCGCUUCACUCUUCGUCAGUUAAGGGACCUUGGAAUGGGCAAAUCCAAGCUGGUGGCAGGAAUCCAAGAGCAGGCAACCAAGCUCGUCGAAAGGUUGAAACAGCAGGCAAACCAAGCAGCACCAGUUCCCCAUGCUCUGAAGGUGGCCGUCGUUAACGUCAUUUGGAAUAUGGUAGCAGGUAAAAUGUUCGAAAUGGAGGAUAAGAGAUUAGCCGAAUUCGAUAAACUUCUGCAAGAUCUGAACGCUGCAACCUUCGCGCUGGGUGUGCGUGAUUUCUUCCCCGGCUUGAAGUAUUUGCCCAAAUUUUUGCAGAAUCUUCUCUUCAGUAUGGAUCUCGUUGAAGGAUUUAAAGAGAAGUUCCUCGCGUUUUUUGAUGAAGUGGUUAAUGAACACAGGGCAUCCCUGGACCCCAAUAACCCAGGAGACCUUGUUGAUGCUUAUCUUCUGGAGAUGAAGGAAGGCAGUGAGAGUCCGGAUGUCAUUCGCAGUGAAAAGGAUUUGGGUCUCCUGGUCCUCGACUUAUUCUUUGCCGGGAGUGAGACGACCACGAACACUCUCACCUUCAUGGUUCAAUACCUGGCCAUGCACCCUGACAUUCAGAAGACGAUGCAAGAAGAGAUAGACCAAGUACUGCCUAAAGGGACCCUGGCUACACUCGAAGACAAGGCGAGGUUGCCAUACACCGAGGCAGUACUGCAUGAAAUUCUUCGUUUGUCUUCCCUCCUUCCCGUUGGAGCUCAACACAGCGCUGUUACAGACACGCAACUUGGAGGAUAUUUCAUUCCAAAGGGUACGACCAUCUCCACAUCAGCAGUGUUUAUGCACAGUGACCCGAGGUACUGGGAGAAGCCGGAGGCACUGAAGCCCGAACGCUGGCUCGACGAGAACGGGAAGUUCACCACGAAGAAGGAGGGAUUCAUGCCCUUCGGUUCGGGCAAGAGGGUCUGCCUCGGAGAGUCCCUGGCCCGCAUGGAGCUCCUCAUCUUCGCCACAGCAAUGCUUCAGAGUCUCAGCUUCGCCCCGCCACCAGGCGCCACUCUGGACGUCACUGCUGAUCCUGCUAUUCCUAUGUUCCACACUCCGAGGAAGCAAGACGUCUUUAUCACUCUUCGCUAAAUGUGUGUCCGAGAAUUUGUUUCCGUUCAGAGUAAUAGGAGGAUUUCAUCGUUACGACGUGGCUGGGUUCUUGUCCAUGGUAAACGCCGUGUCUUCCAGGUUUAUGAUUCCUUUACGAAGGGGGUGGGAUUCUAUUCAGGGUUAUAUUCCAUUAACAAUCCCCGGUUAAGGAUGCACUGACAUAUAAGGAAGAGAGAGGGAUUAAAUACUCUGUUAGGUUCCAUUAACAAUCCCUCUGUAGUCUGCAGACUUUUUCCAAGAUUUUCAAGCCUGAGAGUAAUAUCUUGAGCAAGUGAAAUGGGCUAAAGCCUUGAGCCUUUCUUAUCAAAGUAAAAGAAAACUCCAGAGUAGAGUGUCUGGAGAGGGUCUUACCUAUAUAUAUAUAUAUAUAUAUAUAUAUAUAUAUAUAUAUAUAUAUAUAUAUAUAUAUAUAUAUAUAUAUAUUUAUAUUUAUAUGGAAAAUGUACUUAAAUUAUAAUCAUCUCCCUUUAUAAAAUUCUUCACAGAACUUUAGAUCGUUACGUGUGCCUUUCUUUUUGUUUCUUUUACCAUUUCAUUGCAAAUUUAAUUGGAAAAAAAUAUUGAAAUUGUACCCCACCUCCUCUCCUUCCUUUGUAGUAUAAUAUGCUAUAUGGAAGUAAGGACCUAUAUUGAAUUUUGUCAUAUAACCAUGACAAGGAAUGUUUCGUAAACUGUAAUUCCUCGAUUUUAUGACCGUGAUUUGUUAAUACUCCAAGAAAUAUUUUCACCGCUUUGUGCUCCUGUAUGUUUUCUGUGAACAUAUGCAACCAGGAGAAAGUUGCCACAUGUAUUGCAGUGUUAUUAUUGAGGUCAAUUUGAGAGCACAGGUUGUAAGUGGUGUCACAGGUAAACAUGAGGAUCGUAUGUCCUUAUCAACGAUGUCAUAAGCUUUUACUAUGGGACCUCUAACGAACUUGUACAUUGACGAAAGAAUGUCCAAUGCCUUAGCUGAGGAAUGCGAAAUUCUCGGGCAUUUGAGAAUACCUCGAGAGAAUAAGGUCUUGCUCUCUAUAAAGCAUUUAGUUCCUGUUGUGUCUUUUACGUGGAAGAUCACCUGUGUUUCAUGUUUGAGGCUUAGUAACGACUGGCACAAGCGUGAUCUAUUUGUAAUUCUAAAAGAGAAUGCAUAAAUGAUAGCAUAUGGUGAUUUUAAGGGGGUGGUCGUCCCACUCUUGACAUAUACCAAAUACAAAGAAGUAUAAUUUUUAUAUGUAAUAAAACAUAUUACAAUAUCACACAGAAAUAAAAAUAUCUCACA